AUUUACGUGUGGCACACAGGGGGGUCACACAUGUGAUGGGAAAAUGGCGAGCGGGGAUGUGUUGGAUUUGUUGGAAGAUUGUGCCCAGAGAAUACAGGCUAACACAGCACAACCAGAACAUUUUUUGAGCCUUCAGGAUGAAGUGGCAGCAGAAUUUACGUCCCUCACCAAAACCCUGUAUGAUCUCCGCAAAGCUCAGGAGCCUGCAGGUUAUAUAGGCAGCCCGCUGGCUCAGCUCGUGGUGGAAAACUUUGAUGAGGAGCAGAUUUGGCAGGAGUUGGAGCUGCAGAACAACGCUGUCCUGACGCAUUUCAAAAAUGCCAUAGAUGGGGCUUUGUCAGAUGGAAACCUCACGUUACUGUCAGAUGAAGAAAUUGACGAGGACAAAGAAGAAGAGAGUGAAGAAGAAGAAAAAGACGAAGAAGGAGCAACAGAUGAUGAAAAUGUCAGCGAACAAGAGGAGAGGCUUCCCCGACUGUCUAAAAAACCUUCCGUGGAUGCUGAAGAAGCCUCGGACGAUUACUCAGAUAAUGACUCCGACAUCGACUUUGAUGUGAACGCUUUGGAGAAACGAGAAAAACAGAACAAAGGAAAGACGGGCUCAAAAACAAAAGGGGUUCCCUCUGAAGUCGACGAUAAAUUUUUUAAGCUGUCAGAAAUGGAGACGUUUCUUGAAGAUAUAGAGAAGCGAGAGGGGAAAGAAAACGACAACGAAGAUGAUGUAGACUACUUUCAGGACCUGCCCUCCGAUGAAGACGAUGAAAUGAAUUUGGAGGAAAUCCUGUCCUCAAAAAAGCCAAAGAAAAAGACGGGAAAGAGUUCAAGAGAUUUCAAGUACAAGGACUUCUUUGAUGCUGUGGACAGUGAACCGCUUGAGAGGGAGUCAGAUGGAGACGAUGUCGACAGCCAGGAAGAAGAAGAGGAUGAUGAAGACGACGCUGAAGAGGAGAGCGAUGAUGAGGAGGAGCAGAAAAGUCACCCCAAAGCAUCGCAGAAGAAAGUGACCUUUGACCUGUCAGAAGAUGAAGAGAGUGAGGGCGAGGACAUAGACGAGGUUUUAGGAGGCAAAUCUACAAACCCUGAAACCGUCGAGCUGAAGUCUUCAUUUGAGAAACGACAAGAAAAGAUGUCCCAGAAGAUUGAAGAGCUGGAGAACGCGGCUCUGGCUGAGAAGCCGUGGCAGCUGCUGGGAGAGGUGACGGCACAGACCCGUCCGGAGAACAGCAUGCUGGAGGAAGAUGUGGAGUUUGAACAGGCGUCGAGGGCAGCUCCUGCCAUUACUGAGGAAACCACACUACAGCUGGAGGACAUCAUCAAGCAGAGGAUCAAAGAUCAGGCGUUCGAUGAUGUGGUCCGGAAAGAGAAACCUAAAGAGGAGGUGUUUGAGUACAAGAAGAGGUUAACUCUGGACCAUGAGAAGAGCAAGCAGAGUCUGGCAGAGAUCUACGAGCAGGAAUACAUCAAACAGACUCAGAAAAACACCGAAAAGGAGGAAAACCCAGCUCACGUAGAAAUUCAAAAGCUCAUGGACACACUCUUCUUAAAGUUAGAUGCUCUCUCUAACUUCCACUUCACACCCAAGCCUCCCGUUCCUGAGGUUAAAGUGGUGUCCAACUUGCCAUCCAUUACCAUGGAGGAGGUGGCUCCAGUCAGCACUAGUGAUGCCACACUGCUCGCACCAGAAGAAAUCAAGGAGAAGAACAAAGCAGGCGAUGUUCUCGGUGACAUUGAGAGGACGAAAACAGACAAGAAGCGUGACAGACGGCAUAAAAAGAAGGUGAAACGUCUGAAGAUUAAGGAAAAGGAAAAGAGGCAGAAACUCAAAGAAGCCAGCAAAACUGGAGAAAACAAGAAGGUUUCUAAAGCUCAGGUUGCUGAAAACUUGAGGAAAGUCACAAAAGGAGGCAAGGCGACCAUACUUAAGGACGAGGGGAAGGACAAGGCUUUGCGAUCAUCUCAAGCCUUCUUCUCUCAGCUGCAGGACCAAGUCAAAAGUCAGAUCAAAAGUACAAAGGAGAGGUCUGAGAAGAAGAAGAAACACAAAGAAGUGUCUGUGAGCAAACUCAAGUUGUAGUCAAUGUCCCCUUGUAUUGAUGAUCGACUUUAUACAUUUAUAUUUUUUAUUUUAAAGUUGCAAUAUAAUAAACUUGAUGGUCUAAAGA